GUCAUUUCUUAGACACCAGGAAGACUAAUAGCAGUUUAACAGGUCAAAACAUUGAUUGGAUUGAAAAUGGCGACGCAUAAUUUCAAAAAAUCCGAGUUUCCCAGUGACGACACGAUGCAUGCGCUCGAAACAAAAGAGUUCAGCAUAGCAGAGUUCUUUUCCAAGGCAGAGUUUGCAAAGCUGUCGGACUAUGAAAUAAAGAGAUACAUGAAUAUGAGGAAGAACUACGAGAUCAUGGUGGCCGUUGGGUUACCUGCAGUUUUACCAGAGUUCAUGAGAGGACCAAAAUCAAGGAUUAAAAGAAAACCAAAGAAAGUGGACUCCGAUAGUGAUGAGGAAUGGACACCGUAUAAAUCAACAAGGGAAAAGAAACAGACUGUCAGGUUUUCUAUCCCAGUAAAGCAAUCAACCGAAAAGCAGCAACGUGUCACUCCGAAGGCAGGUAAAGGGGCUAAAGAAUAUCAGAAAAAAGAGCAAAAAAUUUAUCCUUUUCGGAUUCAACAAAGACUGAACUACAUGGAUGUAGAAGUGCCAGAUGACGACGAUUUUAUAUACUGUGAAGAAUGUAACAAGGAGCACGAGGGAGACUGCCCAUAUCAUGGACCACUCAAAGUUAUCAUGGAUAUCGAGCAACCCCGGGGAAUUUCAGACAGGGCAAUGAAAACCUUACCUCAAGGAUUAUUUGUAAGAGAUUCAAUAAUUCCAAAUGCAGGAAAGGGUGUGUUUGCGGAAAUGUUUAUAUCAAAGCGGACGCGAUUUGGGCCUUAUGAAGGCGAAUGUACAGAUAACCAAGAAGAAGCACACGAAACAGGAUAUGCAUGGCAGAUUUACAAACAAGGCCAGCGUAGUCACUUUGUCAACGCAUUCAAAGAGCCAAUGAGUAAUUGGAUGAGGUAUGUUAACUGUGCUCGUUCAGAAUCCGAACAAAAUCUGGUCGCUUUUCAACACAGAGGACAGAUUUACUACAGGUCGUUCAAAGAUAUAGCACCUGGUACUGAGCUGUUGGUGUGGUAUGGUCAUGAUUAUGGAAAAGAACUCGGGAUAUUUCGGGGCGAAGUAGAAAUCAUUCCCAAAGUCCUAAAUGGUGAAGAGGUGUUCUGCUGUCCAUUUUGCAGGAUGGGUUUUAGUAGUUAUGAGUGGCUGUCGAAACACUGCAAGUUUAAGCAUGGAGAGAUUUUGUCAAAACAUGUUCCAGAUGUCAAGAUUACUUCACAAAAGAACAACACAAGCUGCUGUCAAAGAGAAGAAGAAUAUCGUCCUAGUCAAACUAUCCAUGUGGUAGAACCAAUCGUUAAAAGGGAAGAUAAAUCAUCGGAAAUGACUGAAAAAGCGAUGGAAAUGAACCAAAAAAAUGAUGAAAAAGAAAAUAAACCAUUAAAGAAAAAACGAUGUACAAGAAAAAAGAGAGGAACAAAUUCUGCAGCACAUGGGUCGGUACUUCAAGUAUUGCAAACACAAAGUGAAGAAACCCCAUAUACAUGUACAUGUGGCGUGUGUGGGAAAGCGUUCAAUCUGUCACACCACUUACAGACACACAUGAGGGCACAUACAGGAAAAAAACUGUAUAAAUGUGACGUUUGUGGGAAGGCGUUCAGUGAAUCAGGAAACUUACAGAAACACAUGAGGACACAUACAGGAGAAAAACCGUAUAAAUGUGACGUGUGUGGGAAGGCGUUCAAUGUGCCACACAGCUUACAGACACACAUGAGGACACAUACAGGAGAAAAACCGCAUAAAUGUGACGUGUGUGGGAAGGCGUUCAGUGAAUCAGGAAGCUUACAGAAACACAUGAGGACACAUACAGGAGAAAAACCGUAUAAAUGUGACGUGUGUGGGAAGGCGUUCAAUGUGUCACACAGCUUACAGACACACAUGAGGACACAUACAGGAGAAAAACCGCAUAAAUGUGACGUGUGUGGGAAGGCGUUCAGUGAAUCAGGAAGCUUACAGAAACACAUGAGGACACAUACAGGAGAAAAACCGUAUAAAUGUGACGUGUGUGGGAAGGCGUUCAAUCAGUCACAAAACUUACAGACACACAAGAGGACACAUACAGGAGAAAAACCGUAUAAAUGUGACGUGUGUGGGAAGGCGUUCAAUGUGCCACACAGCUUACAGAAACACAUGAGGACACAUACAGGAGAAAACCCGUAUACAUGUGACGUGUGUGGGAAGGCGUUUAAUCAGUUACAAAGCUUACAGAGACACAUUAGGACACAUACAGGAGAAAAACCGUAUAAGUGUGACAUGUGUGGGAAGGCGUUCAAUGUGUCACACAGCUUACAGACACACAUGAGGACACAUACAGGAGAAAAACCGUAUAAAUGUGACGUGUGUGGGAAGGCGUUCAGUGAUCCAUCACAUUAUAGAAGUCACAAAAAAUCACACGAAGCUUAACAACAUUUUCAAUGAAAUGUAAAUGAGAUAGAUUGAAAAAGCAAAUUAUCAGAUGCAUGAAUAAAACAUUAUAUACAUAUUAUUUUAGAUUAAUUUUUAAUUUAAUCCUUAUUAUCAUUUAGCUAUUGAAAAAAAUACUUGUGUGAUCAAAACUUGAUGUGAAUUUUCAUUACGUCAAUGUUAGUUUAUGACGUCAUAAUUACAACUAAAAGUAGAACAAUCUUUCUAUUUCAAGAGACUGCUCGUAUUAAUUUUAUCAAAAAUCAUAAUACUGUUAUUUUAGUUUAAUAUUUUUUUCAAUAGUGUGAGGUUUAUAUGCAUGUAUUUAUUUAAACACUUUUAAAAAUACUUUCUUUAAUUAUGCUGGUUUGAAAGUACAGUAGCUACCUUCAUAUUUGGCAUGAAUCAGGAAAGAUGCAUUUUAUUGUAUGUAAUUGCAUUUUCAUUUUCACAAAAAA